GCCAAUGUAACAAAACAUAUUAUGUGCUAAUCCUAGUUUAAGGUAAAUUGUUACACAAUUUAGGGGAGCCAUGUUACUGUGUGUAAAGCGUAUGUACCUCAUGUGAUUAUUCCUCGGCAUAUAUAAGUGAAAUGUUCAAUAGUUUUCUAUUUGCAUGAAAACGUGUAAUAUGUGUGAGUAUCAGUAUUUAAUGCUAUAUUAAGCACCGAAGCCGAUGCUCACUUGUUGGUAGUGUGGGGUUAACCUGCUAGUCGCCUUCGGGCAUCACUCACGGCCAAGUCGCGCUCAGACAAAGACGGGCAGGAUGGUGACCGAGAUGUGGGAGCCAACCAAGUGUUGCUGCUGCUGUGAUGUGAGAAGUGGAAGCAUUGUAAUAGGUGUUUUCAUUCUGGUUUCAGGAUUUUUUGUUCUUUUAGCUGGAGCACAAAUCUUGGCGGGUGGUAAAUCUGAUGGACCUAUAAGUUGUUGGAAUUGGUAUGAAGAUCUAUCAGAAUGUGAGAACAAAUUUUGGAAAGUUGGGAAAACAUCAUCAAUUACAUCCAUAGUGGUAGCUUGCUGUUACAUCAAAAUUAGCAGUUUUCUCCUUUAUGGCAUUCACAAGAAAAAAACUGCAUUCUUCAUACCUAUGAUGGUUGCACAUGUAAUAAAGAUAACCUUCAUGAUCCUGGGUUCUGUGGUCCUUAUCAUUUUGAUGAUAUAUGAAGGGGUCCCAUCUGCGGCCAUCUUCCCUAUUACAGUCGGCAUCGGUUUAGCAAUAUUCUUAAAGACGUAUUGUCUGCUGGUAAUCCGUGCCUAUUAUUAUCAACUCAAGAGAGAAAAAGGACUUAUCCACACAGCCCUCAUUGAGAGUCACAUAGACACAGCCCUCAUUGAGAGUCACACAGAAUCUCCUCCGUAUCCUGUCAGUGAAUGUCCUCCUUAUCCAGACAGUGAAGGUCUACCUUAUCCCUGCUCUGAUGUUCGUCUGUACCCAGGCCAGAAAGAGUUUCCCAAAUAAAUUACUGUGUAGGUAACUGAAAGUAAUGCACAUUUUAUUCAUUUAACUUUGCUAGUGUGUUUGUACUAUGGUUUAUCAUCUCAUAGAUUUGAGAAUGUACUCAGUAAUUAAAAAAAUUUGAAAAUCAUGAAAAUUUCAACUAUUGUAAUUUUCUCUCUCUAAUUUUGUAUACUCUUAUCCUCAAUGUUUUGUUCUUGUGUGAAAAUUGUAACUCUAAUAUUGUAAUUUGCUAUGUAUUUGGUAUAUUCAGUAGAUUAUGUUCAUUGUGCAAAUAACUGAUCUCUAAGCCAGCAGUGAGUGGAGGGAUUAAUUCACCGCAUGCAGUGCCUCAAAGAAAUAAUUUAUGGACUAGCUUUAUGGCAGAUGUGCCUUACAAUUCACAAACUUAGAAUGGCUGCUCAGUUCACUGCCAUGCCUGCAGUAACAGGAUAAAAUGACUGCACAGUAUAUUACCAUAAAUACAACAAUGGAAUCAUAGCAACACAAUGAACAGGGAAUUCUCUUACAUACAAAUCUGAUGUUUCACAUUUAUAGCAGCCAAACUAAAUUUACUUGGACCACUUAAAUUACUUUAUGACCUGAUUCAAAAGAUUUGUACUUCAAUUGCCCUAUCAGGAGAUUAAAAACUUGUCUCCUGAAUCUCAUGAUGUAGCUCUUCUAGAUAAAUUUCUUAAUGUUUCAAAACAUAAGACAUUACAACAGCAUGGUACAAACUUCUCUUGUUUGAGUACACCAAGUCUGCUAAAUUCUUUUUGCUAAAAUAUUUGUGUUGAUUUACCAGCUUUGUAUUCUUAUAAUAUAUGACUGGCAUGAUGAUAAGUAAUAACAUGAAUUGCUUUAAUGUACUUUUAUCUCUAAAGUUCUACUGUCUUCUUAAAAUGCUUACACACACACACACACACACACACACACACACACACACACACACACACACACACACACACACACACACACACAGUAUGAUGAAAGGGGUGAAUAGAUACAUGAAUGUGUUUGCUGAUGAUGCAAAAUUGUGAAGCUCUACAGGAAGGUCUUUUAAUAUUGUUACCAGAUCAGCUAAACCCUGGCAGCCAUGAGUUGCACUUCAGCACACCUUUGUUGUGCACCAAGUAAGACUAGGCAGAGUGCAGUCUGAGGCACAAGGCCCCGAGCUGUGGAGUCAUUCAGGCAGCAACGGGUCACUCAGACAGUGGCCUACACUAGAUAUAGUAUGAUGACAUGGGGAAUGCCAACUGUUGCAGAACAGUUAAAUGUAUAGCCUUGUGAUCAUUGCCAUGCGCAUUAACGAACAGAAGACAAAAGAAAUGGUAGUGUAACACAGAACCCAUGGAAGCAGAGAAGGUUAAAUUACAACGUCAUAAGUGUUGUUGCCACUCCAUCAGCUCAGCAACCAGUGCCUCAACAAAGGGGAGAGGCAUUUCUAUGGUCUGCCUGCCUGUGACUUGGACUCUUCCAGGGGGAGGUUUCAAGAUGCUCCUCAGUUUUUUUUUUCUUUUUUUUUUUUUUUUUUUUUGCCAUUCUCUCUGACAUCUGUAGGGGAACUGGCAAUAAGUGAGCCUUUUUUUUCAUAUUUUUUGUUGGUCUUGGCCAGUGGCCCUCUUACAUAAAAGAAAAAAAAUUGAUGUCAUAGAGCUCAACCACAAAAUUGUUAGCAGUGUCUGCCUGUCAGGUACUUGCCCAUCAUGUGGAUAGGCCUUUAAAGGAGAUGUAAGGACAGGAAAAUUAAAGCAGAUUUUAACAAAUUUAUGAGAUGAUGGAUAUUAAAGAGAGCUUUGAGACUGAAUUAGUUAUGCAGAACACGAAUUAUUUCUGUAGAUAUGUUGUGAUAUUAAAAAAGGGAUGUGUGAGAAGAAACAUGGAUAUCAAUAAUAAACAAAAAUCUUCUGUUGUUGAGAGAAAACAAAGUAAAGUUCAUGAUACAGAUGCUUAAAGGCAUUAAAUGCCAAGACAGAACUGGAUAUAAUAAGGUAUUCUGAGACUUUUUUUUAUGGUCAUUCCUGGUAAAGAACUCAAAGGAGAUAGUCCUCUAAUAUUUAUGAUGGAACUUGAUUUUGUGUUCGUGUGUGUGUGUGUGUGUGUGUGUGUGUGUGUGUGUGUGUGUGUGUGUGUGUGUGUGUGUGUGUGUGUGUGUGUGUGUGUGUGUGUGUGUGUCUGGAUGAGAAAUCUCCAUGAUUAUUAUAUAAUAAAAAAAAUUGUAUAAUGGAGUUGAACAAAAAUUAACUUUAUAUCAUUUGCACUUUAUAUAUAUAUAUAUAUAUAUAAGAGCAAAGGAUUUUAAUUUCAACAUAAAACAGUUAUGUAUUUCAAGGAACGCACACCUUACUUACCAGGGAAAUUUUCUAUAUUGUUAUUCUAGUAGAAGACAGUAGGAACUCUUACUUUUGCAUCUGCUGAUGCUCUAAAUCAUAAGUGCAUGGACCAGACAUGUUUCCAAGAAAAAAAUAGUGCCCAUAUUGUACUACAAGACAGAACAAUAUUGGAUGAAAUUAAAACCAGGCAUUUUACAGGUUUUCACUGGUGGGUUAGGUAUUUAGUAUAGUAUGAAGUUCCUGCUUCUGCCUUCAACUUAAAGAGCCAGGUGCCACAUUAACAAAGGUUCUCAGAGUUUGUCUCAGCCUUUUGCUUAGAUUUGUGCUUAUCUCCUAAGCAUGCUUAAAGUUGUGCUGGGCUGAACUGUGUAAGUCCCAGUAUGAAAUGGUGAAAGCAAAACAGUAAAAUCUUAUAUUUCUCUAUUUUGAGUUAAUAGUAAAAUCUUUUUACAUUUUUUGGAUUGAAUAACAAAAAAAAUUUAAUUUGUCAUUGAUUUUAUUCUGAUAUGAACACAUAAAUAUUUGUUUAUUAAUAAGAAAAUUAGAUCCACACAAUGUUUACGUCAUUAAGUUAGCAUUGCCCCACCACUCCCACUCAGCAGCACCUCCUUUACUGUCCUUUUUUUUUCUUUAAUAUGGAGAUGAUGACCCCUAAUGGCAAAAAGACCAGUAGAAGAAACCCAGCUGAACCGAUAGCAAGACUUUCCUUCCAUGUCCAGUCAGUAUUAUGAGACAAGAUGUAGCCUGAAGGGCUUCACUCAUUCAGCAGCUCAAAAAAAGAUGUAUGGGGCUCUGUUAUUAAGAAGGUAGAUGAGAUAUGCCAAUAACAGGACACAGGAAGACCCAAGGUCAUCAUUGCUGCAGAGCUGUAUUUCCCAUUGGUUAAACAUCACUGUAAUUAUUACUUUAAUCACCAGCAUUAGCACAUCACUCCUUCCUGUGAGGCUUUCCAAGGUAUCUUCCAUCAAAUCUGUCACAAAUAACACUCCUGCAGAUCUAGUCUAUAUGUAUCCAACAGUUCAGAGUCACUCAGGGCAUCAAGAACAUCCUUAUGGGGCUGAUAAUUCUUGAGGUGGGAGGCUCAGGCUCAGUGGUUGGCUAUCUUUGUCUGGUUAACUUACUCUUAUUGUAACUCUUAAAGUUAAGCUACCUGUCUUAAAUUUAAGACCUAGACUCAGCACGACUUUGGAAGUUAAGCACAACUCUAAGCAUGUGUUGGUCUGAGCCAAAUCUUUAGUUAAAAAUCUUUGUUAAUAUAGCCCCAGAAAUGUAUAUAUCCCUUAAAGCAAGAGCUCUUGCAUAAGAUAACAAGAUUUGCAUUAUAGUACUUUAUUGUAUUUGAUGCCAUAUAAGAUAUGAUGUCUGGAAAUUAAUCUGAUGAAGUUGGACCAGUGAAUCAUUGUAGCUUCAUAUAAUCUCUCGGGAAAUUUCAGAAUUCUUUGUUGUUUGACAAGAUUAAAUUAGUUUUGUACUCAGAAACUAAGCCUAACUACUUACUCUCUUAAUAUGAAGCCUGUGACUGCAAAAACCAUGGUUCUACCUCCAAAGGAUAUGAAGUAAUUCACUGUUGUUAUCCAAAAAACAAAAACAGGACAAAGAAUUCAAGUAAGGAAUCCACUAUGAGGUAACAGCAAAAUUCUAUAAAACUGAGUGCACAUAAAGCAGCAAGUGUCAAGUACAGAUCCAACUUCUCCAUUUGCCAAGAUGCAGCAUCUCAUAUAUGACUUCUUACACAAUAGUUUGUUAAUUUCAUAAACUUUUCUAAUUGAUGUUUUGCUUUUCUUGAGCAUGUAUUCCAUACCUCAUGUAGGUAGUAGUAAUAGUGUAAUCAUUCUUUUGUUGGUUUGCUGUGGUUCAUUUGAUAAUUGUCUAUUGAAACUAAAAUCAAAUACUAAAAUAUAUUAAAAAUAUUAAAUUUCUGAUAUCAUCUAUUCUAUUUUUAAAGGGAGAAGAAAAUUAUAGUGAAGAUAUUAGAUUAGUUUUUUUUUAUAAGUUUUAAAAUAAUAGUCCAGUAGAUGUGGGAAAAAAGAGCUUGUAUAUAUUAUAUGUAGCAUGUAGCAGGUGUGGUCUUUCUUGGGCACCCAGAAACCCGGACACAAAGGUGGAAGGUGAAAAGUAAAACACCAUUUGCAAGCUGGUGCAAAAAUUGUUCAAGAAAUCUGUUUGUAAGCCAAUUUGUUCAUGAACAAGAAUGUUCAUGAACUGUGGUAACAAUAUAUGUAUUUAGAAAUGCAUAAUAUAUUAAAUUAAAAGCCUAAAUAAAAGAACACUGACAAACACAGUACUUCAUAUUUGGUAGCUGGUCUUGCCCCAUCAAAUUUUUUAAGGCACUUAAUCUUUGUACAACAACAUUCAGAGCUUGAUUUAUGAGGAGGAACAGUGUCUGAUGACAAAUUCUUGACCUUCUUGAACAAAGUAAUGAAGAACCUUAAGCUACACCUGUUCACUUAACUAGAUUCUGUUGUCAUGUUUGCAUUCUUUAGUAUAAUAGUCCAAGCUUUCUUAAUUGUGUUGAUCAUGCCUAGAACCAUUAUGAGGCUCAAAUAACAGCUGGAACACAAGAAUCAAGAUAAAACUAGGCACUAAGAGAGCAUGAUCUCUGCUCAGUGUGUACUGUGCUAAUCCAAACAUUCGGCAUAUUUUGUUAUAGGUAAUCAUUACAACUAAAUGCAAUAAUUGUUAGUAACAAGCACUGUAGAGUUCAAAACAUGUCACUAAGCAAGAUGAUGAUGGGUAAAGAUACCCACUAUGAAUCUUUAUUCCACAGUUACUGAAGUAUACCUCAUUAUUCAAAAAGUAAUAGAGUAAGAAGGUUUAAGGAUAUGCUUUUUAAAUUCCUCAUUUUGCACUUCAAGAGGAAUGGAUGAUAUAUGUGCUACGCCUUUCUCUCACUUCAGUUUACAAGUUCUUUUUUUUUUUCAUAGUAUCAUGAGAUUUUUUACUUUUAAUCCAUUGAGGUAUACUGGCAGAUUUUUGGAAUACUGAAAAUGUUAUCUGUGGUCAGUUAACCUCUUUAGCUUGCUUUUUCUUCUUUGUAGGUAUUUAGAAAUAGCACUAAUGGAAGGAAGGUUUAAAAAUAAGAGUGGAAACAAUCUCACAUUGUUGUGUAGGUACUUUAUUUAGCUCCAUGUGGGACCAUAUCUCAAUGUGCUUAUGACUUGUGAAAUGCAGGUGGGGAAAAUUACCUCAUAAUCUUGGCAAGAACCUCACAUGCAUAUGACAUCUUUGUGCAGCAUUGUAUGCACUGAGAAAUUAGGAAUAUUGACUUUGCUUUGGUUGUUAUAUAUUAUUGUUGCUAUCAUUAUUGCUUUGACAUCCAUUACUAAUACUAUUUCUUCUGUAUGUGAUGCUGUUCAUCACAAUAUAGAAAAAAGGUUCUUAAUGUCUAUGUAAAUCAUGUGCCAUUACAAAACAUAGUAUUUGAGCAUUUUUUUUUCUCAUAAGCUGAUUAAUUUGAUUUUUACCUCCUCAUGAGUGACAUAACAAUAAAAUUGCAAAAAAUCA